AUGGCGACAGAGAGCGCAGUAGAUCCGGUUGGGAUAACUCAAUCUGGAGUCGAAGUUCAACCUACUCAACCUCAGGGUCUUGAACCUGGACCAACUUUUUCGACCAUUAUGAGUCCAAAAGACAACUUUGCUCAAAUGCAUGCAGGACACGAAUCACAACACAGUACCAUGGCGUUGAUUUUACUAUUUGCACUUUUUGGCUUCCAAUUUGUAAUUUUGUUCUGGAAACAAAAACACUAUCGAUCUUUUCAAGUUAUUACAUUAGUUGGCCUAUGGUCAUUGUGCUAUGCCGUCGGUGUAACAGGCUAUGCCAUUUUAAUGCUUACAUUUUUUGGGAUCAUACAAUUAUUUUAUGAUUCAACCGAAAUUGCAGAUCUGGGGAUAAUCCUCUUGUGUUAUGGAUUAUAUUUUGGCGUAUUAAGUCGAGAUUUUGUCGAAAUAUGUACAGAUAGAAUGGCCUCAACACUCGGGUACUAUAAUAGGGACGGGUUCCCCAGAAAACAUCUUCGGGCGGUGAUUUGUGCUGUGUGUGGUGGCUCAACCGAAAAUAAACAAGAGAAUGUUCAUCAGUUAACUUGCCGUCAUGUAUUUCAUGAAGAAUGUAUACGUGGGUGGUGUUUAAUUGGAAAAAAGGAUAUUUGUCCAUACUGUAAAGAGAAGGUUGACAUGAAGGAAUUUAAAACAAAUCCAUGGGACACACAGCAGCAACUCUAUCUUAGCUUACUUGACGGUGUUCGUUAUUUGGUCGUGUGGCAACCU